AUGGAUACAGAAUAUCAACAGUUAACUCAAAAUCUUGAUAACUUGGUUGAAGUGAGGCAGAAGUUACAAGUACAAUUCAAUGAGAAUAAUCAAGUUAAGGAUGAAUUCAACAAACUCACUCCUAAUAACACCAUUUACAAAUUAGUUGGCCCUGCUUUAGUCGAGCAAGAUCAACAUGAAUCGAAACUUAACGUUGAAAAGCGCUUAGAUUUCAUAAAAAGUGAGAUUGAUAGAACUGAAUCUGAGAUUGAAUCUGGGCAGAAAACAAUCCAAUCGAUACAGCAAUCUAUCAGUCAACAGACUCAACAAGAGUCUACAGAAUAG